AUGGAGACCAAAUUCCACUCAACCACUGAUUAUGGUAACGGUCUAUAUAGAGUGCUUCUUGAUUUUAGUAGCGCCACCCUCACAAAACCCCAGAAGCGAUGGCGCAUUGCCUGCAUCGCCAUUCAUUUUUCUCUGUCUCUUGCAAAAUCUAUCAUUAAAAGACGAAGAAAUCAUAAAUAUUCUGAAAUUUCUGGCUCCCCUUCUCACACCGUUCUUGAAAUUGAUUCUGUCAGUGGCUUGGAUCUUGUAUCUAGUGCCGAUUUAGUUCCUGUAUCUUGUUUUCCCAUCGUUGAUCAAACAAAACUCACAAAUAUGGUGAAGAACAAAAGCUUGGACGAACUCCGACAAUUUGACGGAAUUGAUGGCAUUGCCAAGCUUCUGAAAACUGAUUUAGUAAAUGGAAUUCCUGGAGAUGAAGUUGAUGCGAAAAAACGGAGGAGUGCAUUUGGUUAUAAUACGUACCAAAAGCCUCCUCCGAAAGGGCUAAUGUAUUUCGUAGUCGAGGCAUUUAAGGAUACCACCAUUAUCAUCCUUCUUGCUUGUGCGGCUCUAUCUCUUGCAUUUGGGAUUAGAGAACAUGGAAUUCAAGAAGGUUGGUACGAGGGUGGCAGCAUAUUUGUAGCUGUUUUUCUAGUUGUUGUAGUAUCUGCAGCUAGCAAUUUCAGACAGGAAAGACAAUUCGACAAGCUGUCGAAAAUAAGUAGCAAUAUCAAAAUUGAUGUUGUUAGAGAUGGGAGGAGGCAGAAGUUAUCAAUCUUCGACGUUGUAGUCGGGGACGUAGUUUUCUUGACGAUCGGCGAUCAAAUUCCGGCAGAUGGACUAUUCAUCGACGGGCAUUCCUUUCAAGUGGACGAAUCGAGCUUGACAGGAGAGAGUGAUCAUGUGGAAAUCGAUUCCAAGCAUAAUCCAUUCCUGAUGUCGGGUUCAAAAGUGGCCGAUGGGUAUUCACAAAUGCUAGUGAUAUCGGUCGGGAUGAAUACAGCCUGGGGGAAGAUGAUGAGCUCGAUAACAAAAGAUUCAAACGAACAAACGCCAUUACAAGAGCGCCUGAACAAAUUGACGACGUCAAUUGGGAAAGUAGGACUUUCUGUAGCUUUCUUAGUUCUUAUAGUCAUGUUGAUUCGUUAUUUCACUGGAAAUACCGAAGAUGAAAACGGAAAUCGAGAAUACAAUGGAAGAAGAACAGAUUUAAAUGAUAUUUUCAAUUCUGUUCUUCGAAUUAUAUCGACGGCUGUUACCAUUGUGGUUGUCGCAAUUCCGGAGGGACUCCCGCUGGCUGUCACCCUAACGCUCGCAUAUUCAAUGAAGAGAAUGAUGGCUGAUCAGGCAAUGGUCAGGAACUUAUCAGGCUGUGAAACAAUGGGAUCAGCAACAGUUAUUUGCACAGACAAAACGGGAACAUUGACAAUGAAUCAAAUGAAAGUGACGAAGUUUUGGCUCGGCCAUGACAACAUCAAGGAAGAUCAAUAUUCACAGGCUAUUGCCCCGGAUCUCCUGGAACUAUUCCACCAGGGAAUUGGUUUCAACACGACAGGGAGCAUUUAUAAACCCAAAUCAGAAUCUGCAAUUGAGUAUUCUGGCAGUCCAACUGAGAAGGCAAUUCUCUCGUGGGCUAUCCAGGAUUUGAGUAUGGAUAACGAGAAACUGAAGCGAAAUUAUACGAUUAUUCAUGUUGAAACUUUCAAUUCGGAGAAGAAGCGAAGCGGAAUUCUGAUAAAAAAACAGGUUGAUAAUACCAACCAUGUGCACUGGAAAGGAGCUGCAGAAAUGGUGUUAGCAAUGUGUACGUACUAUUAUCAGGAAAAAGUUCAAUGUGAUGAAGAUGAUUUGACCUUGCUCGGGAUAGUUGGCCUAAAGGAUCCCUGCAGACCAGGUGUAAAAAAGGCUAUUGAAUCAUGUAGAAUGGCUGGGGUGCAAAUCAAGAUGAUCACGGGAGAUAAUGUGUUUACAGCAAAGGCCAUAGCUACAGAAUGUGGGAUACUUUCAUCUGAUCAAGAACAUGGUGUUGGCGAAGUUAUAGAAGGCUCUGAGUUCAGAAACUACACACCAGAUGAGAGAAUUCUCAAGGUUAAUAACAUUCUUGUAAUGGCGAGAUCAUCCCCAAUGGACAAGCUUAUGAUGGUACAAUGCUUGAAACAGAAAGGUCAUGUGGUAGCAGUAACUGGAGAUGGAACAAAUGAUGCACCAGCACUAAAAGAAGCUGAUGUAGGCCUUUCCAUGGGAAUUCAAGGCACUGAAGUAGCCAAAGAAAGCUCCGAUAUCAUUAUCUUAGAUGAUGAUUUUGCAUCCGUCCGUUGGCAUAACUUUACCCCAGCUUGCGUUUAUAACAAUAUCCAAAAAUUUAUUCAAUUUCAACUCACCGUCAAUGUUGCAGCCCUUGUUAUCAAUUUCAUUGCAGCAGUUUCUGCUGGUGAUGUUCCCCUAACCACGGUGCAACUUCUGUGGGUGAACCUCAUAAUGGACACAUUGGGGGCUCUUGCACUUGCUACAGAAAGACCAACAGAUGAGCUUAUGCAUAAACCCCCGGUAGGUCGAACCGAGCCUCUAAUCACGAAGAUUAUGUGGAGAAACCUCUUGGCACAGGCCAUAUACCAAAUAACCAUACUCUUAACCUUACAAUUUAAAGGUAAAUCAAUCUUUAAUGUGGAGGAGAAGGUCAAGGACACAUUGAUUUUCAACACAUUUGUGCUUUGCCAAGUUUUCAAUGAAUUUAAUGCAAGAAAGUUGGAGAAGAAGAAUGUGUUCAAAGGGAUUCAUAAGAAUGGUCUGUUUCUUGGAAUCAUUGCAGUAACUCUUAUUCUACAGGUUGUGAUGGUAGAGUUUUUAAAGAAAUUUGCAGAUACAAUGAGGUUGAAUUGGGCUCAAUGGGGAAUUUGUAUUUUGCUUGCAGCUUUUACAUGGCCACUUGGAUGGAUUGUGAAGUGCAUUCCAGUUCCUAAAAUGCCAUUUCUAAUUUACUUCAAAUUUUCACACACACCUUCAUGA